AACAGCUGUUAAACGGGGGCGCGGGAAUUUCGAUGUUUUUGUGCGUGGGAGUAGUCUUUUGUUCGCCAUCUGCCGUUUUUACACGUUUUUAACCAUUUCCAACGAUUACAGACAGUUUGUAGUGUGAUUUUCUGAUACUGUACGACCAGAGAGACUUACGGACCUCGAUUUUUGCAGUCAAAAUGCCGUGAGAAAAACUUAACCAUGGACGUAACAUUGUCUAUGUCAUAAUGGAUAUAAACAAAGAAUUUGAAACUGUAAGCUGUUCGACACACGGUCAUGAUGAUUCAGCAAUAAGUCUGAACGAAAGUUUUGUAAAUCUUUCGAAUAUUUCAAACCUGCAAAGCUCUGGAAGACUUCCAAAUCUAAACUGGUCAGUUAAGAAGCAAAAAUCUAGUUCCAGGCGGAAAAAUCCAGAACCAAGAGAGCCGUGUCGGUACAAUUUACGGGGAAUUUCAAGUUUUCAAGGGUUUGAGCUGUCCCCCCCUACAAAUUCAUUUUUACAAAAAUCAUUUGACUCAAAAUCUCUUGAAAAUGAGAGUUUUACCAGCAAAGAAAACAAAUCAAACCUGUCAAACCACUGCCCUAAUAUAUUAAAACAUGUAAAAAAGGAACCUUUAUUAAAAGGCACUUCUACACCUAACAGUUCACCAUUAAAAGUAUUGGAGUUUUCGCCAUCAAGGUUUUUGAAUACAAGCUCGGAAAAUCUUAAAACAGAGGCAGUAGGUUUGGAUGUAGUUAGAGAACUCUCUUUCAGCAGUUUUGAUGUAGAGGACUCCGGGAUCUCGGGAUCGGAUGGUGACGUAACAGCCCCAAUCUCUCCUCCCUCCCUAACUUCCACUCCAAAAGGAAAAAGGUCUCGAAGAAAAGAAUCGCUCACCUUUUUGACCCCGGAAAGCUUUUCCUCCCCAGAAUUUUCGGGCACAAAACCGCAACCAGAUGCAGAAGAGGAGCAGGAGACAAUUUAAUGAAAACUCCGCUCAUACGGCGAUUUUUAAAUGAAUCAACACCUUUGACCCCAACCCCAUUCAAAUGCCCUGUAUCUAAACAUGACACUGAUGGGGUUAACUGUCUAGGUUGUGAGGAUUUUGUUUCUCCAACCCGGAGCUUCUGUUUUAAAAAACCAUCCCCUGUAAGCUGUACAUGGUCGAGUAAUAAACGCAGGCCAAUAAACCGCUCACACAGCUCAAAGAAAACAGCUCGAAAAGCGCUGAUUUUGGAACAAGAGCCAGAAACGCAGAUCUCAGACACAUACAGGGUGUCUAGCAUGAUGAAAAUGGCCCCGGAGUCGUCGUUUAUGCGCUUGACGCCGAGCAUGGGGCAUGGUACGAGUGUUCUAGUUGGAGACCAAGCUAUAGUUGAGAAACUUCAACAAACAGGAAAAAAAUCCGUUUUUCGUACUCGACAGCGAAAAAGUGUGAAACUAGACACACAUUGGGUUUCUGUAGCCUGUGGAAAAUCAGUAGACCAAAGGACAAUGACAGAGGCCGCAAAAAGGUGUUUACGACAUCGUACACCUAAGAAAUAUUUCUGAUUUUGUAAAUUUUUUUUUUUUUGUAAAAUUUACCUUUUAGUGGUGGAAUAUGCUUAGCUUUUGUAGCAUGUAUAAAACUGCCAAAACAGUUUUUUUGUCGCCUUUAAAUGAACUGCCGCCUAAUUUUAGUUUGAAAUUUGCCAUUUGUACCAGAAAUCAUUUGAUUUUCAUUAUUGGUUGUCUACACAGUAUUAAAAUAUGUCAUGUAUAAAGCAUUGAUUUCUCUAAAUAUUUUAAUUACACUAACACCCCAUGAUUUUCUGCCUUAACAAAAUUUUGUAGAGCUGUAGUGUUUGCAAUACAUUUACAAACCACUUUUUCAAGUGCUAAAACCUUAAAAAAGUGCUAAAACUUUAAAAAUUAAGGUUAAAAUAGCAUCAAACAGUAUUUGAAUAUGAUAUUGGCGUGUUUUGGACAUUAUUUGUGCGUUUUUCUCACUUCACAUUUAGAUUAAAAGGAUCUUAUUUGUGUGUAUUUUCACCUCACAUUUAGAUUGUAGUUUGUUACACAUAUCUUUUAUUGUUCUCUUCCUUCCUCGUCUUUGCUUAUAGAAUAAUCUGUUUGUUCUGGAAAGUAGAACGCCCAAUUAAAUAUAGAAGCACCUAUA